UUUUUUAGCACCAAGAAAAAACUUUAAUAUAUUACUUAAUUUGCUCAUCUAAAACUAGAUAAAAAAAGUGCUCUUAAUCACUUCACUAUUCAUUGGGUUUAGCAUAUAAAUAUGAAGCUAUUGGACUGUAAAGUUUGAAUCUUUAUGGACUUCAAUCCAAAAAAGAAAGAGAAGAAAUUGUUAUAAACAAAAAGAAAAAGAAUGUCAGAUAUUGUUUCAAAAAUGAGUAUGGGAGGUAUGAGUAUGGGUGGAGGUAUGGGUGGAAGCUCUUCGAGUCCUAAACCUUCUUGUAAAAUUUCCAUGUUGUGGAAUUGGUACACUGUUGAUACAUGUUUCAUUGCCAGAUCAUGGCAUGUCAGAUCAAAGGGGAUGUUUGCUGGAUCUUGUAUUGGUGUAUUCCUCUUAGUAGUUGCUGCACAAUGGCUUAACAGAUUUGCUCGUGAAUUAGACAGAGCAUUUGCUAAACAAAAUGCUCAAAGAAGAUCUAUUAUUAGUGAUGAUAACACCGAAGGUAGUUCAUCUGAUGACUGUGCCAAAGACGCUCUCAAUGUUCCUCAUCAAUCUUAUGGUUCUCAGAAUCCAAUUAUUUUCGCAGUCACUCAACUGUGGUUAUUUCGCAAAAAUCCAAAUGACAUUACUGCUACUCCAUUCCAACAUUUAAUUAGAUCUGGAAUUUUUAUGGUUGAAUGGGGUUUAUCUUAUCUCAUAAUGUUGUUAUUCAUGUACUAUAACGGGUAUAUUAUUAUUUCUUGUAUUUUAGGUGCUUUAUUCGGCAAGUUCAUUUUUACUUUCACUGAAUCUAUUGAAUCAAAUGAUAGCACCGAUCGUAAGUGUUGCAAAUAAUUUUUCCGUGCGACAAACCUUUUAAUUUGAAUAACUAAUUAGACACUUCAAAUUAUAAAAUCUUCGUAGUUGUAUAUAAUUUCAUUAAUACAUAUAUUAUUAUUUAAGUAUGUCAAGCACUAACUUGUUCUAUACUAUCGUUGACGGGGAUAAAUAUCUUAGUCUUCUCGUUUUGGAUGGCGAAGGCAUUUUAUUAUACGCGUCUUUAGGCACUUCUCAAGCUUCUUUAGUUCAGCUUAUGAUGAAAGAUUUCAGAAGCAUAAAAGGUUAUCGAUUGAAUUCAUUUAGUUCUGCUUCUUCAAAAAUUCUUUCUGAUAAGAGUAGGUCUUUAUUAGUUAAGAAUAUUGAGUUAUUUAAAGGGUUGAUGAGUGAUAGUCCAUCUUCAAAAUCUAAAAUCAAGUAUAAG